GGAUCUGGCAAUACUGCUGACAUUUACAAUUAUCUUUUAAACGUUUUUAUAGUUAAUGAUAUAUUUACCACUUGUAGAAAAUUUCAGGAUUUGUUGGGUUUUUUUUUCAGUUAGUCAAAACACAGAAAUACGCAUGCGUGUUAGCGUUGGCCUGGUUACUGGGACGCGGAACGAAUUUACAAAUGCAUGUUUUUCAUUUUUAGGUUAUCCUAAUAAACUUUCAAAAAGUCUACUAUAAAAUUUAAAAAAAUGGGAGACGCAGCUGAGGUAAGGAAAGAUGAAGGAAAUGAAGCAGUUAAAAAAGUAAUCCAUACUUACCCCCUAAUAAAGCAUUCAGACAUGAAUGAGGAAAUGAGGGUGGAAACCAUGGAACUGUGUGUCACUGCUUGUGAAGAAUUUGCUAACAACAAUGAGAAUGCAGCAAGGAUGAUAAAAGAGACAAUGGACAAAAAACAUGGCAUGGCCUGGCACGUAGUGGUGGGAGAGGGUUUUGGCAUGGAGAUAACACACGAAUUAAAAAGUAUUCUGUACAUGUAUUUUGCUGGGAACUUGGCUGUUUGUGUCUGGAAAUGUUCAUAGUCAUUUUAGAUUAAGUGUUUUAGAACAGUGCAAUAUUUUUAUCUUGUAUUGUAGCAUUGAUAAUGUUCAGGGUAACAUUUUGUAUUAUUGCAUUAUUUGAUGCCAAAUUUCCUAUAUAGAGUUAUAAUCUUAUACAUGUACAUUCCAUUAUGAUUAUGUGCUAUUUUAUUUUCUGUUUACAUAAACAUGAACAGUACUAAGAGAAACUGAGUAUGAGUUUACAUGUACAUUAUUUUACAUUUGUUAUUUGUUACUGAUUGUUUACACAAAUGUUUUUUGUAAAGUUUUAACAUGUACCUCAGUUUGACAAAGUGUAUUUUUUCCAAUAGUAAAUAUCUUUUGAAUAACUUCUUUUUCAUGGUACUGGUAUUAUUACAUCUUCCCAUAUACCCAUAAAACAUAUUGCAGUGAUCAAACGACACCUAACAUUUUAAAAGUGUCCAUAUGUAUUAGAAAGAUGACAGCAAUGAAAAUUAUGAAUUGGAACCACAUAUUCUUAUAUCUAAUUUCCUGAAUCAGAAGGUACUUUUUAUUUCAACAAGUAACCGAUCAUUUAGUUGCAAUCUAGCAUAUUUGAAAACCACAUUCACGCUGAGGAUUAUUAGUUCCAAAUAAACAGACUUAAUGAA